AUGUUUUCCGGAGACAACGCAGGGCACAUGUCCGGCUCCAGUAAGAAACAUCAAGACAAACCGGCAUCACUCUUUUCGUUCGGCAAUCCGGAGCGCGGGGGUGCGAUUUCCAAGCCAUCUGGUGUCUCUAGCACACCUUUUAGUUUCCUCGGCAAUCCAGUUAGUGAGUAUCAGGUGACUAAACAUCCGAAAAUAUGUACCUGUAGCUCGGGACAGGGAGACGGCGUAGGCUUCGGUAAGAGCGAUCAAAGCAAAGCGGGACGAGACUUCCCAUUCAGCGGUAAUUCAGAACGUGGGGAUAAGAUGGCCGAACCACCCAACCUCGACCUGAGUUCGAAGGACAGACACAACACGAAACCGCUAUUCGGCGUCAAUACAGAUCGCCAAGAGGAUACCUCUGCUUUCUUAGACCCGCAUGGCAGAACAUAUGGUACAGGGUUAUUCGGUGCCAAGCCAGAAGGCAGAGAACCCACAAAGUCGCUAUGGGGGGUGGGCAAGACGCCCCAAACCCCUUUAAACCCUUACACUACCAUAGCCAACGUGGACAAGACGCCCCAAUACCCUUUCUCUUCCCUAUUCGGCCCGCAAAGCAGAACCAACGACACAAGUUUAUUCGGUCCCAAGCCGGAAUGCAAAAAUAACACAACGUCGUCACUCAACUCGAACACAAUGCCCCAAAAGUGGACUCUGCCAGUUGGGAACAAGCCAAAGGACAGAAACAGCAAGGUUGGGGUAUUGUUUCCAGGAAAACGCGAUGAUCAUGUCACUGAGUUAUUCAACUCCAGGUCAGAGUGCAGAGACGACACAAAGUUGGCACUUGGCUUGAACUCAUUGCCUCAAAAGUAUACUGGGCUAGUUAAGAAGCCGCCACAAGACAGAAACGACAACACUCAAGUGUCUAACUUGCCAGAAAAACGCAAAAGACAUGUCCACUGGUCAUCCGACACUGAGGCAGAGUGCAGGGACGACACGAGGCCAUUAUUGAGCCCCAACACGAAGCGCCAAAAGCUUACCCCUAAACACGAUGACACAAGCUUGGAGGAUAUAGAUCCUAACAUUGACGAGGACGUCUGGUCUGUUGAAUAUGCUGCAUCGGAAAACACGAUCGUGAACUGCCCAGGAGGGUACACAUUCCACAUCGAGACCCCGCAGCACUGGGGAGAACAUGUCAUCAUCACCACAUCCGCCAGGAAGAUCACCAUCGUCAACCGCGCUGAAGCUCGAGGUUCCCUCCCGAUCAGAGAUUAUAGGAAUCCUGUGGACUUAGGCCGGUACUUGGCGCCUGACCGAAAGGUAGCCAACAUUUGGGUUCGCGGUGCCAUUUGGAAGAUAGAUCUGGUGAUUCGCGAGGACGACUCGAUUGAGUUUGGCUAUCACGAACGCGUUUAUGCGUGCAGAUGA